ACUGGACGAUGUGCGCCUACCUUUAGGUAUACAUGCUGUUGUCGGACAUAGGGGACGAUGAGUCUAUAUAAACCGCCCUUCGUCUUGCGUUCAAAGCAGUCAGUUCUUCUCAUCAUCUCAUACAGCAAGCACAUCAAGCCUUCAAAGCCAUAACGCAGCAUACCAGUUUCUUUCACACCAACAACUCAAACACAGUCUUUCUAAGCAACCGCAACAAUGAAGUUCACCAUCAUCCUCGCUCUCGCCGCCACCGCUCUCGCCUUCACCAGGCCCAAGGCAAACGAAUACAAGAACUCCGACUGCUCCGACCAAAACUACGGCCACAACUCCUUCUUCCUCGAGGACGUGACCAUGGACGACACCACCAAGUCGGUGUACCUCACCGAUGGUAGCACACUCGAGGGCCUAUCUAAGGGCUGGUUCGGCUACUCGAAAAAGACUGGCGACGGAGGCAAGUGCUCGGGCGAGAGACUGGGUCGGUUGCCGGAGAAGUGUGUCAACGUUGAUACUCUUGCGUCUACGAGGAUUAAGUGUGUUAGGUCUGAGGUCCUCUAAAUGAGGGAGGGUAUAUUUUGGGAUUGCCUGGGAGGGAAAUGGCAUGUCGUGUCUGGUUCGUCGAAGUGCUGGGAAUUAUGAGGAUGGAUGAAUGAAUGAAUGGGUAGCACAUACAAAUG